ACACGGCGCGGCAGUCAGGGGCAGCAUUCCUCGGACACUCGGACGGAGGCUGAGCGGCUCGCUGACCCGCCGGCUCCCCUGCACCCUCCCCGGGCUCUCUCUCUCUCUGCUGGGCUGGAAGUUGGCCGAAGUGCACCAGGCGCGUGAAAACGUGCCGGGCGGCGUGGACGCAAACCUCCACCUCAUCAGCAGCUCCUCGGGACUGCGGGGUGAGCAGCGGGGGGAGAGGUGAGGAAGGUGCGCACCGCAGGGUGUUUUCGCCCGACUCUUCUUCAUUCCUCUCACGUCCUCUUCGCCAUGGAGACGUUUGACAGUCUGCCGCGGCGCGGGGACGUCUCCUCUGACCGGGGGAGGGGGAGUGAGGGGGGCUCACACACUGCUCCGGUUCAGUGUUGGUGUUGCUGGACUCAUCAAUCAGUCUGUUAAUAUUCACGUCGUUAUGAAAUAAUCCAGAUUUCGAUCAUUUUUAAAGCAGAAAUUUCCUCCUGAAAACUGAAUAUUUUCGCUUUAUAUCUAAAAAGUGGCGCUUCCAUGACGUCAUUUUCUCACCGGUGAACGGUCUUCUGGUCCAAGCUGAUCGGUAGCUGCAGUUUUCGUGAAUUGCGUGAGGCGUGCAGAGGUUUUAACCACGCGACGUGAUUGGCUGCUUCACGCCAGCGGAGCAGGAACGCGUCCGUGUGCUGCUGCUGGACCCCGAGCGGCGCGGGCUCUGCACUCGGUGCACAGCGGGUUUAUUUCAGACACUCUGCUGAUCCAGGCUGACCUCUGCUCAGCUCUGAUCUGCUCCAGUUAUCUGUUAAACUUCUUCACUCUCAGCUUGCUUUCUUCAUGGUUUUUUUUGGUCCAGAGUAAUGUGGCCCCUCUGCUUCACGGGCCCUACAUAAAUUAAGGGGCUGUGCUGUUCAGUAAUGGGUAAUUUGGAGGGUUUUGAGCGGUCCCGUGGGUGCUAUUACCCUCUGUCUGAAGCAGGAGCAGGCCUGGAGGUCCACCUGUUUUCCUAUUACCACCAAUGGAAGUAGAUCAAUACCUCCUCAGUACAUCACCAUGGAUUCUGUUCUCUUCUAUUCUGUCGAGGCUUCAGUGACGUAAAUCAGCCAGAGCUGCAGCUGAGCACAGUGUGUGUGUGUGUGUGUGUGUGUGUGUGUGUGUGUGUGUGUGUGUGUGUGUGUGUGAGCAGGCGUCAUGUUGAUGGGGCUGGUGUGUUUUGUACACAUGCCGACUUUAAUGCUUCACACUGAGAACAAUGUUUGUUUCCGUCUGAGAGCCGGAGCUGAUCAGCGUCAUGGUGGCGAUGAGUGUGUGUGUUUCUACACCGGACUGUUAAUUUGUUCACUGUGUGUGUGUGUGUGUGUGCUGACUCUGACGUCCAGCUGUGAAAGUGUGUAUGUGCCCAUCGUUUGCUGCUUUCCUUCCACGUGAGGCCGUUUUGUGGACACUGUGGAUGAAAGUCGUUUUAUUAGGCAAUGAUCAGAUAAAUUUUUCAGAAGUCAAUGUACAAAAAUGAGGCAUGCACUGAUAGGUCGCCAUGCUAGUAAACAAAAUGCAUUUCCUGAUGUGAGUGGGUGAUGGGUUCUGCGGUGGGCCUGACUGUGGAUGACGGCAGACUUUCAGCCUGUAAACGUGUCUGUUAGACGCUGACUGAGCUCACAGUCACACUUUUAAAUGUCUUGUUUUGUUUGGCAGUUUAACACCUGCUCACGAUCGUAUUGGACAAAGAAAAGUCGGAAUAUUGAACGUUUUCUCUGUGAAAAGGCUUCAGUUGGAUUUCUGUAGCACUGCAACACUACAGCGAGAGGGUUGUGCUGUGGGUCAUGACUUCAUCAGUUUAAUACUUGAUUUGUUUCCUCUUUCAAACAUGAAGAUGAAGUAGUGUGUAGAAACGUGGACAUAUCUGUGAAGAUAGUUGCAGAAGCUGGCCGUGGUCCUCCACCUUCGAAGGGUGGAGUUCCUGUGUUUCUAGCCUGAGAACGCCUCCGUGUCUCCCCAGGAGAGCUGAGGGAGGGCGGGGCGUCUCUGAUGCCCGUGAAACCCCGAUGCAGUUUUUGUGGGAGUAACGUAGUUGCUUUGGUCCUGGGCUCUGGUUGUUUGGGAUUUGCACCCCAGACCGUUUCUCCCUGGCUCCAAGGAGCCACAGGCCUGUUUAUCUGCAUGAAGCUUAUGUCAGCAGUUUUCCUUUGGGUGUGUGUGGCUGCCUGCCCGUGUUGCUCAUGUAGGAGGGCAGUUGCUAGGGUUGGGUUAUCAGUGAUUCGGCUGCUGUCGGGUUUGGUUUAAGAGGUCGUAGAUGCUGGUUUCUUUCUUUUUUUUUUCUCCAUUUUUGCCAGUGACCUGCUGCUUGUUAGGUCCAGAUGUGGACUUGUGGUGCUGAGUUGUUUCAAACGCAGUCAGAUGUGAACAUGUGAAAAAAAGGCAAACGUGUUCACCCAACUGUCCCCGAGCAAGAAAAGCUCUAAAAACCAGAUCAGUGCUGCCGGCAGCUGCAGUAAAUAACCUGGUCUCCUCUUCUGAUGAGACGCCACGCGCACUCUGAGCCGUCAUCGGUUUGUCGGAGAGCUGCAGCGGCACUGCGAGGUGAGAAACGUUUUGACGUCUCUGUCUGCGUCGGGGGAAAGAUGCCUUUUCCUGCUCUCCGGCUGCUCCUCAUCACAUUUUCUCUGCUUGUCCGGUAGUAGACGUCUCUGCGCUGACCCGUAAGGGCGAGCGUUUGCUCUCGCCUCUGAAAUGCCCCCCAGCCUUUGUUAAAGACGCUCUUCGGGCUUCUCGGAGCUGCUCGUUGCAAUGAUGAGCCUAAUAGAUGUGGUGCAGGCUUCGUGUUUGGCCUGCUGUGUGCUGGCCCACUGAAACAAAGCCUGCUGGCCCGUCUUUGAGGUUUGGAAAGGAAACCCUGGAAUUCCACUUUGGGUUUUGGGCUCUACCCCCCCUUACAUGCUUACAUAAGCAGUAAUGUGCUGAGUACCUUCAGACCAAGGGGCAACCUCUGGAGCAGAGAAAUGAAGGCAGUGUGCAAACUAAUGUUCUCCUGCAGCGAGCCAGUCUCUGUGGACUCGGGUGUUAAAACGUCCGACUUUACAGGGGGAAUAAACAUGUUUACAGCCUGCUUCAGCCUCUCUGGAUAGCUUCUCCUUCAUAACAGCUCUGAGUGGGGCCAUCUCUUAUUUUUAUUUAUAAGUCGUCCACUGCAGGAGCUCCUGACUGCUUUACGACCCCCUCCUGCGUCGCAGCUGCCCGGCAUGGCGGUGCACGGGGCGUUUAUGCAAAGAUAAACCUUGCAGGCUCAUUUUUUUGUCUUUGUUUCUGUAAAUCUGACAGCAGCAAUGGUUCAGCCAAACAGAGUCAGUCACACUCCCCUUCCUCCUCUUCCCGCCUCUCUCGCAGCAUUUCUUCUGUCUGAGCGAGUCCCCAUCUCUGAAAUCAAUAUCAUCCAAAAUAGGAUCGAGUUCUCGUGUUAUGAAAAGCCUUGUGCAUUUACAGGAUGAUGAGUCUAAUCUUUGGCUCCCUGCUUUUCAAACUUUUGGGUUACGAGAAGGAAAGGGAAGAUUGGGUUAUUUUUUUUCUAUUUUUGAAGCUUCGGGUUGAAGGUAAAGAAAACGUGCUGUGGAAUAAGCCCGCUUUAUCACGUCGGGAGAUGAGCUUGAGAUCCUUUAGGCGCUUUCCCUCCUCUCCUCCUGAGCUCUCGUGGGCUAAAAUAGGGGGAUGAGGCAUCCCGAGUGUUACUGUGCCCACAGCUGACUACCCUUCUGUCGCUGUGAGUCAUGCUCUCGCCACGACUCGAACACCACUUGUCGAUGCGCGUUUGUCAGAACUCGAAAAUAAAAUGGUCAUGAGAUGUUUAAAGAGCCUCGCGGGCUUUAGGAGGCGUGGGACGGCGAGGGCUAUUCUUAGCCUGAGAUAACAACGGGGCUUUGGUUGGCGAGCAGAUUGAGGGGUGCGAAGCGGGCGAGCGCUGCCGAAGCUGGUUUCAGACACCGGCCUGCAACCCAACAGGCCUGCUGCUUUGUCUCUAGCUGCUUCCUUUAUCAUUAACAGUCGCAGCUUUCAUCCGGCGUAAGCGCUUCAUCGGGCUUACAGCGUUCAAUGCAGAUCCCGUCAGUCUGUCAGGGCUCACGGGGAGUUUCCUCCGUCUUCAGCUGCUGUUCUUCCCACGGACGGAAGAUCAUUGUGGUUAAUUUCAGUCGCAGAGUGAGAAAUCGGUGCUGUGUCAGUGACUGUAAAAGUUCACAGCCAUUAGAGUUGACUUAACACUUUUGGAUAUUUCCGAACGCUCGCUUGGAGUCACACCACACCACCAGAACACCCCAAUCAACACCUGUCAGCUUUAAAUAAUCAGCACUGGAGUUGCUGGAGUUCAGAGGCUGGAAGUCAUUUCAGGCCCAGCGCAUUUUAUUUCCUGCUUGCAGGAUUAAUUGAUCCUGAUGCCACUAAUACCAUCAGAGAGGAGCUGCAGUGGGGCGAUGGUGGCAGGAGAACUCGUUUGUCCUUCCACGGCGAGCUCAUCUGUGCGGAUGCUCGCUGACUAAUGUCACACAUGCUUGAAGUGAGGGCCGUGUUGACCCGGCAACAGGAAGAAUCCUCCACCGUCCUAAAUAAGGAGGACGCCCCCCUCAGGGGGAGGAGCUGCCCAAAGCUUGUGCUCAUAGAUCAGCGUAGGACUGCCUUCGCACUCUGCUCUCGCUUCGCCAUGGCGCAUUGCUACAGCAGAGAUGCUGUAGAUGCUUAAAGUCCUUCACUUGGGGCGGCCACUCGUCCUCCCACGCUACAACCACCACCUCGGCUUUGGAGGUGUUACCUCACAUCAUAGUCAGGUCACACUUGGCUGGAAACCAUACUGGUGAAUUUUAAGUUCGAUUACAGCGGAAAUUCACAGUGACGAUCUUGUUUCUGUUACUGUAGUCGCUUCACUUAAGCGCUGCAUGCCCCUCCACGAUCCUGCCACAGCUCACAUUCAUUUCCUGCUUUUCUUAUUUGCUUUUGGUCGAUUUGCAGUUUAAGUUCAAAGACAUUUACAGAAAACAGCUGAGAUCUAAAUGCAGAGCAAAGUGUGGCGUGGAAUCGAUGAGCCUUAUCUUUCAGACCUUUACUUGUAAAUGAGUGGCAGCGGCGCCGUCCACAGGUGAGUAAAAUGUCCCCUGAAGCCUGUUUGUCACGUGCACGUGGGGCUCUGCGGAUGCACGGUGGCAGCUUCUUGCAAAUCUGACAUCGGCUGCUGCUGCAGAGGGAGACUGAAAGCAGAGCCGGUCAUAAUGAGCGAUGCUCGGCGCGGCGCUCGGGCCUGUAGUUGCUGAUAUGGAUCCAUUUUAGAGCUCAGCAGGGGGCGGACGUCGAUGUUGUAGUGCCGCCUCGGCGCUCGUACCUGUGGAGCACUGCUGUGGCUCAUAUUUGUUUGGAUCAGCUGCCGACGUGCCUCAUGAACAUCAGAGGUCAGAAUCAGCUCCUCGUUACUUCCUUCUGUUUGCCCGGUUGCCGUGGCAGCAGCAGAUAUCCCAGUCCCCCCCCCCUCUCCGUGUGUGCUCACAUGUCACACUUCUGAUUUGGGAGGAGAGAAAACAGGGUGGCAGUUCAGUAAUUAGUUCUGGAGCAUUAACUGCUUAUCAGUGGGCGCUUUUAUUAGCCCCCCUGUUUUGGCUGGUUAGCCUUCUGGACAUGGAGCCAAAUGGCGCUCCAAGUUGUCCGGUCAACCAUGGAGGAAUUCCUCCGCCGUGCCAGAACCCUCGGUGCCGGGAGAGGACCUAAUUGUGAUUCGAAAUCGGUGUCGACACAGCGGCCACACGCUGCUGCGUGAUUUUCACCGCCGAGAUGGAGUCUGAUUAGCUGAAAUGCUUCCAGCAGCGAGCAGAUCGAGCGAUAGGACCGGAGCCUGGGUGGUGCCGUUUGAUUUGCUGGGCCAAGCAUUUUGUAACCAUCAGGUCGACCCGUCUGGGGUUGGGGCUGCUUUUUGUUUCACAGAGCAGAAGAUGUUAGAUGUGAAAUAAAGUCUGAAACACGAUAGAUUUGCUGUUUUUCUGGGUCCAAACUGAUGAAAAGUCUUAAAGGCUGGGAGGAUAAUCGUACACAAGCCCUCGGUGGCUCGGAUGUCAACAGGAAACACCAACUUACAUGAAAUACCGAACAGUUUCACAGCGUGUUCAUGUUGAGAAGAUUUUAAAUCCAUAAAGAAAGAAGAGUGUGGGAGAUGCGGACCUUUAGCCCACACAGGCCGAAGGUUAAUGCUUCAAUAUUAACUGGACAGAUGCUCAUGGACUCAGAAUUCAUAUGAUAUUGAAUAUUUGUGGGUCAUCUCCUGUUUUCCCUCAGUGGUGACCCAUCUGGAGUGUCCAAUCCUUUCAUAGGAUGGAUGGAAUAAUUUUAUUUCCAACAUAAGUGAAAAAACCCGAGAAAAGAAAAACUUAAAAACAUCGAGUUUUCAUGAAAUACACAAUGUUUAGCAGAAGUUUACACUUUUUCUCUUCCCACCCCCUUAUUUUAUAUUCCAGUAUUUACACAUCAAUAUUCAGAAUAUGACAUUAUACAGUCCACACAUGUUUACUAUAUACAGGCUACACUCAUAUAUGAUACACUCAUAAACUCAGCACCCUGUGGUUAACACCCACUAUGUGUAAUGUUUGAGAUGUAAUCUGUGAAAGCCUCCUACUGUCGGGAUUACAGUUCGGCUCGUCCAAACAGAAGCUUCCAGACGUUAAACCAGCACCAACCUGCGCUGCAGGUGUUCGGUCUGGUUUUAGCCUCAUGCUAAAUCGGCACGUGUUCAGAAACUAGAAGAUCAGAAACGCUUUCAUGGGAAACGUGAGAAGUUUCGAGUAGUUUGUGGUCUGUGUCCACUCGCCCUGAUCGCAGGGGAUCAGUUUAAGCUUCUCAUUCAGGCUGGAAAACAUCAGUGAAAACAGGGGAUUGUAACCCAACCCAGUCAUGGGCGGGACGCCACCUGGUGGAUGUUUCCCCAGCACCGCUGUCCAACGAUGAAAGUUCAGUUGAAUAAAACCUGAUUGUAAAAGCGUUUCUUCGUUUCUGCUCCUUCUUCCCUGCCGGUGAUCUUCAGAUUUUCUGUUUCUUGGAGCGGCAUCGGUCAGGUUUCCAUUCUCAGGCUGCUGUUUCAUGACGUGCAGUAGAUCUUAGUGAGGUGCUGGAAACAGGCUCGCAUGUGUGGACAUGUUGCUUCAGGAAUUCAGCUUCAGCCAUGGAGAACUGCCCGUUAGCUGGGGGGGCAUAAAAGUGCUAAACAGACACAAAUGUUUGCAUGAACUCAGUUUUACUUUGUUGACGAUGUCUGUGAUAGCAACGCGCUGAAAUAAAAAAAGAUAAGCGCUUGUUUGCUUAUCUCGUGUGUGGUGUUAAAAAAGAGACUGUUAUCAGGCAUGUGCUGCUGCUGCUGCUUUGGAGACGAUUUGCAUGCUUUAUUAUUAAAAAUUAAUGAGUGUGGUGCAAGUGUGAAAGUGAAAGAGACUCGGGAACCAAAGAAAUGACACAUGAAGAGGAAAAGCAGCAUUUUUCACAUUUGUCUCCGGCGGUGGAAACACAUUUCCUCUGAUGGAUUUAUGCUUCUUCUGCUGCUCUUUUUUUUUUUCUGCUGCACUCCCUCUCAGAGCAUUUUUUUUUUUUUGUAUUAAUAUGAAAGUUGCACAAAAUUAAUAUUUUGGACACAAAAGGAGAUGGCCUGCUUUUAAGAUGUCAGCUCUUUUCUUUUUUUAAACAAAGUUAUCAGCAGAGAGGGGAAACAAACGCCCAGUCAUUGGACGGUCGCACAACUUCUCUUUUUCUUUGGGGGGGGGGGGGUUUGAUUUUAAAAACAACAUCACAGUGUCACGCCGAGCUCUGACUGUGACGUGUUGCUCUACACCGAUCAGGGAUUCAUUGAUCAAACAACCAGGAGAGUCAUCCAUAAUGGAAACGAUCAUUGGCUCCAUCCCCGAAUAAAGAUUUAGAAAUGAGCUCCACCUCUGCGAGUUACAGCAGUAAGAUGCUGAUUACACACUGAUGCAUGAUUAAUGAUGAGCUAAUGACACAACGCGACUCUCAGCGAGACUAUUUUCCUUCAUUGAGGUCGCUGACUUCAAUUAAAUUUGUCUGAUUACACCUCAAAUUUUGGCUUUAGUUUAAAAGGUGUGUGUGUGUGUGUGUGUGUGUGUGUGUGUGUGUGUGUGUGUGUACUUACAUGUGUGCGUUGUUGACUCAGGCAGACAGCUCGGCCCUUCCACCUGGCCCGGAGCUUUUAAAGCAUCAGCGACAGACAAAUACAGCCGGCCGAGGAAAUGAGACGUGAGAGAAGCUGACAUGUUAAAUCUAACAGUCAAACACCACCCGGCCAGCUUCACACCUGCCCCUCUGUGUGUGUGUGUGUGUGUGUGUGGUGCAGUUGGUUUCUGAGUAGGUGACUUUACUGGCGUGAAAACAAAUGUGUACACACUUGCAUACAUGCAUGCACACACACAGGAGAAAAGACUCCAGACUGCAGAGAUGCAUUCUUGCAGGAGGAGAAGAACGACGCAGCGUUUAAACGUCCGUUUGCGUGUUCGGCGAUCAGUUCUUCCAGUGACGUUUGGAUGAACGUGUCAGUUAAUUGGCUACAAACUCUCAGCAGAGAAAACUGAAAAAACAUUUUUUCACUGUUCAUGAGAUCUGUUGCUGGUUGUGUUCUUAAUAAUCACUUCAGCAUUAUUGCUAUUAGUGCGUUAGUGCUGCAGUUAAUGGUUAUUAUGCUUAAGACUCAAUUAUUUCUCUCAGAUAAUCAGAUUAAGCUCCCGGAGCCUGAGAUCCUGAUGAUGGCUUCUUCUCUCUGAUCAACAAUCACAGCAAAGUCAGAUUUAUUCUUGGCAACAAUACCGGAGUUAAAAACACUCAGAGAGAACAAAAGCUCUCACAGCUGCGCAAACAACAGCAGUGCAGGCUGCAGUCAUUAGUGCGCAUUAAACAUCUUUAAUAUUCACAAAUGAGGCUGAUGUGAGGAAACCUGAUGGCAGUUACCAGCAUCAGCCACCAGCUUUUCUACUGAUGGGUAUCAAACACUGAGAAAAGAUUAUAACUAAAAGAUAGGACGGUAAACUCACGUCACAGGCAUGAUGGGUAAUUCCUACUGUUUCCACAGAUUGUAUUAAACAUCUGGACUGUGGUGUCAGUCUGCACCCCAACAGGUGUGUCCACACUGCUGUCGGCUCUCUGCGCCCCUAAAAGCUUUAAAAUAUGCAUCUGAACAAUGAGAGGUACACGGCGGUGCCACAGCCGGCCUGAUGUUAAAGUGUCAUUUCUCUUAGCUGGUACAAGAACUGGUCAGCUGUGACGAGCUGUGGGUGGACACCAAAAGCAGAAGGUCGAAGUUAGAAGCAUGAGCUUCCUCUGCAGGGCGUCUGGGCUCGGCCUCUGAGGUGAGGAGGCUCCUCCUCCACAUCAAACAGAUCCAGCUGUGGUGGGUCAGCAGGACCUCCCAGGUGGGUCGUUUCGGGGAUGUCUGACUGGGACCCUGAGGGCAGACCCAGGACACGCUGGAGAAGAUUAUGGAUCUGACCUGUGGAUGGAUUAACCAGGAAGGCGAACCCUCAUCGCUCUUUAAGAAUAGAAAUGUUGCACAUCGGCGUCCAUGCAGUUCCACCGUCACAUGUGCGUGACACGGCGGCAGCCUGUGAUGAAUGACCAGGUGUUGGUCUGAAACCAGUGAAUCAAUGGCUUCAAAGUUCAUCAGUAAUAUUUUUGGCUAAAUUGUCUUUUAACUUUAUCAGGUUCGUCGAUUUCUUUACAAUCUGCUUUUGCGCGUCUCCGUCAGUGAACGCCGCCACCGCUGCAAUAAAGCCUGAUAUUUCCUGGAUAAUCCACUUGUGUGAUAAACAUAAAUUUGGCGACGACUGCAGAGACAUUGAGUUUCAGAUACAUCCAGAAGCUUCCAGCUCUCUGUUAAAGGAGCGCUUCGCAUUUCUGCAGCAGGAAGUAAACAUGAAAUGUGUCACGGCGGAUGAAUGCUCAUCUCCGAGCCUAUUUGCAGAUUUGUGUAACGGAUCAGGAUGUCAUGACUCACCCAUUCAUCCAGUUAUUCGCCCUCCUUUUCAUCCACCCACCCUCCCAUCUAUCCACACACUCAUCCACCCAUCAAGCCGUUUAUUCUCUCCACCCAUUCAUCCGUCAAUCUGUCUUUUAUGACAGGCAGUCAUUCAGGGGACGAGCGCUGCCGUCUGCCAGCUCGCUCUGAUGAUUCACGUCCUGGAGACGCCACGGUGGCGGUGCACGUGCUCGGCGUGUUUGUUGGCGGGCGGCGGGGAUGGAGGAGGAAUUUGGGAAUGACAGUGGAUGUAGUAAUGGGAUGAGCUGAUUUAUUAGGACUGCAGAAAGGCACGGCAGAGGGUGAGACAGGGAGAGAAAUGGGGUUAAUAGAAAGCCGUGGCGUGAGAGCGGCAGAGAAAAUGAGCACAGAGGUGGAGGAUGGGUGGAGGUGGUGACAGCAGGAGGAUGGGUGAGUCGAGGAAAAUUACACGAGGGAGCAGAUUAUUGCCUUUGAGCAUCCUUCCAGCGCUGCGGACCUCAGGAGGGACGGUAUUGUUGACGUCGCUGCCGCUUCAGAGCGUUGCACUCUGAUUGGCCGAUAGCCUUCAAGGGCAAACAGACUGCAGGUGGAGCUCACACCCAAACUCCCCGCUGUUCGCGAUGUGGCGGCGGAGUCUUAUCGACGCCACAAAAUCUCGACUGCCGACUUUCAGAGAAAGUUUAAAGCAGUUUAUCAGAUCUAAGAAUCAUCUGAAGACUUUUAUUGGAGGCUGAAACCUUUGCUGGAGUUCAAACUCAAAUACCCUAACCCCUAGCACAAAGGUGAGCUUCAGGACGAUGAUCUCUGCUGACGACAGGAAAUGAGGGCGGUCCAGCUGCUUGUAGAUGGUUAUGGUCUCUCUUUGUCUGUAAGGUUGGGUUUAUGAAACCUGUUCUCCAUCAUGUGAUGUGAUUUUGGUGUUAAAUGGUGCCUUUACUGUCAAUCUGCAUCUUCUCAACUUGUUUUUAAUUGCCUGGAGUCACGACCUUUGUUCAGGAUGAGAUGUUUCUCGUCGUCCUUUUGGUUUCCUCCAGUUCAGAGAAUCUGAGACUGAGCCAGUCGUAUUUGGGAAGGAGUGUCCCACUGUAGGUGAUAACAUUGUGUAGCCUUUUAAGUAUGUGAAGUUAUCGUGGCACUUAUUAAUCAUUCAGAGUCUAAAUACUCUGUUUGCUCAUAACACAGAUGUCUCGACAUUUAUUGGUCCAUUGUUUACGCUUUACUGCUCACGUUAACGAUGUCGUAUAUAAAAGGAUUGCUCUGAAUUUUAAGAGUUAUCUGUACUUAUGAAUUCAAAUUUCACCUGUUUCCUUCUACACACCUACAAGAAGAAAGUUGACUGAAAGAGGUGGAGCUAAAACGCCUGCACUAACACUCAGUAUAAACCAAAGAAGGAUUAUUUUGAAUGGUGACUCAUGCAAAGCUGCUCUAGGAGAGUCCAAGAAUAAAAACGCGAAGCAGGAAAUGAGCAGAACCGGGCCCAUCCGGCUUCUGACACGUUUCUGCGUCAGGUUCAGACUCAGUGUUUUUGUAUCCUGGCGUCACCAGUGGUGGAUACUCACAACCCAAAACAGUCCCUCUCAUACCAUUCCAGGAAUAUUAUCCUGGGAUGGUAUUCCUAUACUGAGGUAAACGACAGCUGUUGCUGGGGGGAUGGAGCCGGUAACGAUAAAACUGGUGAGGAGAAACAUGAGUGUGAGAGUCUGUUUAGACCUCAGGAUAACGGUGAUAUUUAGCGUCAUGUAAAGCAGCGAGUGUUGUACAUCCAACAAUCGGCUGUCUGUGUGGAGGGAUUGCCAGCAGCAGACGUACUGCUGCAUGCAGAGAUAGCUGCUCGCUCCUGCCCUAAUGACUCCCUCUCUCUCUCUGCCGGCUGAAGUGGGUCUCUUGAAGUGCGGUCCUGUACAUCCCGAUAGCACAGAGCAAACAAUGGAUGUAUUGGCCGUGCUAGUGAGGGUGUUAGCAUCUCAGAAUGACAACGAGUCGAGAGAGGACGCUCCGGUUGAAUUACUGCACUUCAGAGAAAAUCCUCGCCGUCUCUUCCUGCUCUAUGAACAAACACGGCGCAGCCGAGCAGCCCGUCUUUGUCUUUACUUUUAAAUUAAAGAGGGCAAAACAGAUGCUGAUUAGUUUUCUUUCCACUUGGUAAAAUUAGAUCUGCUCCAAGUGCCAGAACUUUAUUCAUGCAUACAUAUCUGCUAAGUAUGGUAAGCAAAAAGCAGGGGUUCAUACAAACAAGCAGAACGUUUAAAAGUCUGUGGUUUCUUUGAGGGGGGGGGGGUUGCAUGCUUCACUGUGCAGCCGUGAGGGGUGUGAGGCUCAUCCUGAAUGUUCAAACAGAAUUCAUAUCAUUCCAGCCGAGCUGUGCUGAUUACAGGCCCGGCUCUGCAGAGGCUCAACACCUGGUUUGAGGUGAACUUAAAUAGGAGCUCUGCCGUAAAUCCACCUGAUGUCUCAGGACUUAAACGCAGAGCAGAUGACGGCAGAGCGCCUUCAAGUUUAGUUUUUCCUGAGAUCUUAAAGCACUUUGAAGGUUCCAGAAAUGUCUCAGGUGAUUGCUGGUGUGUUUUUUGGAGGUUUUACUGUUAUUUUUGUGCCUUCGCUGGUAAUCAUAUAUAUUUAGCCAUUAUCUAAAUGUUCAUUUUCUGGAUUUUGCAUAAAACAAAGUCAAAUGGUUGGCGUAAAAUCCUCGAUACGUGCCUUGUGUGUGCAGAGGACUUAGAGAAAGCCGAGCUGCAAAGACUCCAUAUCUCAGAUCCUCCAAACUGUCACACUAUAAGUAACUGAACCCAAAUUACACUCCAAUAACUUUGCAGACGGCACAAAUUGCCGACUUUGAAUGAAGCCAGCGUGAACGUCGUUGUUUUAUGAAGCACUCUGCAGUUUUAUGACUUGUUUUCUUCAAGCUGCAGGCAGCCGUCACCUACAGUUAAGAAACUCUUUGUGAAAUUAGGUUUUUCCUUUUAUUAAAAAGAGACGCAUACAGCUCAGUUGGAUUGGAUUUAAAAAGGCUUCAUUUUGUUGCUCACGUGGCAAUCUGCAAACACAAACACCUGAAGUAAAUACACGAGGGGAGGGGGGGAUCAAACAAAAUGAAGGCACAGAUUUCAAACCCACCGACCGCACAUUUACUCUCAUUUUAAAAUGACUCAUUUCCACCUCCAUGUUUUCUUCUUGGACUCUUCUAGAGCAACUUUGCAUGAUUCAUAGUUCAACAUAAUCCUUCUUUAUCCCGUCCUGGUCAUUCAGCCAAUCAGUUCAUCCUCUGUCUGACCUUGUAAACAUGCAAAUAUCCAUCCUUGAUGACAUCAUGCAGACCCAAUCGUAGAAAAAAAAACUGCUAAUCUGUCUGAAGGUGACGUGAUUAUUAGAAACUCUGGCUGUGUUUGAGCAGCAGGUAUUUGACACGACCUCGUGUGUCUGAAAUGUGAGAGUAGACCUCUGCAUUUAGUCUGCCAGCAAACAUGCCGCGCAUCAUUCACAUCCUGAAUUCUGCUCUGUAAAAACAAACUUUCUCUUAUCAUUCAAAGCUUAAAAAGAAAGAGCACCGCCCAAAAAAUUAAGUCAAAUGACUGCAAAUUGCAGCUGGCUCCAGCUCGUAUGUCUUUGAACUGAGGAAGUCAUCGUUCGAGAGCCCAGCUGCUCGGCCGUCGCCGCUAUGUUUGAGCUUGAACUCGAGCAAAGGUUCCAACCUGCGGUAAAGAAUAGGUGAGCUUGAGCUCGGAGUCUUUAAAUGGGAAAUAAGAGAUUCUUCCUGAUUCGAAAGACAGACGAGGACUCAUAGUGUUAGUCGAACCUUUGGUCUCAAAGUCUGUCCUCGUGCACCUGGAGCAUUUAAAGUCCUGUUGUGCCUCUGCAAUGGGCGUGUGAUCCUUCAACUCGGUCAUUACUUUUGGGCAGAAAUGACAGAUCUGGUGAGUCGGGCGGCCGGUGAGCUACGAUUGUUUUAAUGUGGCCAAAAAAACUAACGACAUGGAUUCUGGCACACAUCUCGGUUCAGUCAUUUCCUGCUGUUCUCCCUCAAGAAGCUCAGGACGUCACAGUAGAUUAACCCAGUGUGUGAUGGGAAACUCGCCCGGUAAUGAAUGUGAAAGCACUGAUGUUGAUAGACCUGCUCCCACGUUCUUCCUUUGGUACGCAGGAGAUGCAGUGAUUUAAUUUCAAGACUCUGCGGCUCUUUGGAGUUUCUUGUUUUGACUCUUUCUUCGUGUUAUUGUUACUGUUAUUCCAUCUUCUCCACGUCAGUCGGUCAGGCCUUCAGCUGCUGCCAUUACAAACUCUGCCUUCUCCUUUUUUCUGCGGAGCAUCUAAAUCUCCUGAUGUUCAGGCUCGAGCCUUCAACCUUUCAGUCAGUGCCAGGCGCUGCCUUCUCCGCGUCCUUCCCUUUAAUGUUAUCAGUUUCUCCUGUUUGUGGGCGCUUAUUACUUUUUCUUUUUUUGAUAACACAAGUGCAACGUCACCUUCACAGAACCUUCUGCGGCACAGUGCUCUUAAAUCAAAGCACGCCGAAAGUCUGCAGAGAAGAUCACAUUUUAAUUGACUGAUUAGCAUCAAAGAGGCUUUUUUUCCACUUCACACAGAAGCUGCACAAAGGCCGAAGUUGUUGAUGUGAUCCAAAGACCAAAGUAGAGACACGAGAGCAGAAUAACCAAAUUACCAACCUUGAAUUGUCUCUUUUUAGUUUUUACCUGCACGUCCGAGUUUUGAGUCUUGAGCCUUUGUGUUGCAAGUCUCUGACCGUCUUUCUUUUCGGGCGUUUUCAGAGAUGAGCUGUGCUCUCACACCUCCUCUAACCUGUUAGCGGCGUGCAGUCACGGCUGUAUCAGCGCCGAUGGCGUGUUCUCGUCAGUAAAAAAUAAGCCACGCUGUCGGCGACUCCGUGUUCUCUUACAUGUUUUCAUUUGCAACAGUUUAGAGGGAUUUCAGGUUUGAUUCCUCGUGACAUUUACCUAAGUCCGUCCGCGGCGGAGCGUCCGUAACAUCCGCCACUGAGAGGAAAAACAAAAAUGGAGUGAUAAAUAUCAGCUGGCUGUCUCGCUCCAUUGGGCUGAGAUACAUUUAGUAGACGGGGGGCAUCUUUAACCUGGCAAAAAAAUAAAAAUCCACACCGUGGUGCCUUUAAAACCCUGCCAGCCAGUUGGAGGUCACAUUGCUCGGGCUGUAAGGCUAUCAGCCGUGGCCCGCUAUUAUCAUAGAGAUAAAGAAUGGGGCCUCGAAGCGGAGACGUCUGCAGUGACCGUGGAGGGAGCGAGGGGAAGGGAGGUAGACGAAGAUACCGUCUGGCUGCAGUGAAUUAUGUCCUUUGGAAAAAAAAAAAAAUUACCGGCUGGCAGAAAUGUGAGUUAGCGGGCGAGCGAGCGGCGCUCUGGCCGUAUCGCUGAGAGUACAACGAGCUGCACUCGCGAGUGACUCAGUAACACGCUGGCAGGCUGAUGGAGUGAGUUACUGCUUCCAGCAGAUUGAACAAAUUAAUAAAUGUUAUUGAUCACAGACCUGCUGCCUUUGAUUGACAGAAAAGUCGAUUUUUGAUUGAUUUCUUGUUGUUUUUGGACUGAAACAUUAAAACCACCUCCUUCAUGUUGUCUAGAAACCGAACGAGCUCUAACCCGCUGGGCCGCAGAGGCAGCAGGGUUGGGUGGUUGAACAAAUGUGCUUGCUAUCUUUGUUUCCCAAUAAAUAUUGUGAAUAAGUUCCUCAUUUGGUGGAUGAACUCCAGCUCCACCAUCUUGGACUGCUGCUGGGAGCGCUGGCGACUUCUCCUAGCAGAAACAAGUCUCCACCUGUUAGAGGUUCUGGUUCGAUUUGGCAGAACCGGGACUAAUGUUGUCCACUGCAGUCCAAGACGGUGGAGCUGGAGUUUGUCCUGCAGUUGGACUUGGAACAGCUGAAUGGCACUGAGGAGAGCACCGAACGGUGACCUGAACAUAGCGAAGCAUGAUGGGAAGGAUUGGUGCUAGCUGGCUUGCAGCUUUAAAAAUAAGAAAAAGAGGAUUUUACAUUCAAGUCAAAUCAAAUAGUUCUUGUAAUAAUUUUAGCUCUUCAUUUCCACGAGCUUUGGUGGAGGCUCUGUUGGGUAAGCCAUCUGCAUGUUGGCUCUUCUCCAUCACUCUGAUCAUUAACAGCUUAUGUUAUGUUUGCACAUCGAGGGGCCUACAGGUGGACGGUGACACAGGUGGUCUGCUAGCUUCGCCUGAACUGGACCUCUGGUCUGUGUUUGUGCUGUUGGAGCAUUUUUGAUGACAUCAUCUGACCAAUAAUAUGGCUGCUGUGAGAUCACUGUACUAACAGGAUCUGAGCUCCAGUUUUGGUGAAUAAAAUUCAUAUUUUUGGAUGUUACUGAGCAGGUAUCUGUAACAUGGUCCUGGUAUUUAUGUGUAUCCCACAAAGGUACUGCAAUGCAACAAGAGAACCGAUGCUUUGUCCUUCACCUGUCAGUGGCUGUUGGCAAAGAACUCUGUCCAAGUGACCUUAACUCUGGCGUCAACUGUGUCUGCAAACAGGAGCUGCUAGCAGAAACUGUUAUUGUUGCCAAUUUAACAUAAUGUAACCACGCACAGACAAAGAAAAGGGGAGGAGUUAAGCUGCAGAAACAUCAUUCUGCCUCUGUGCAUGCCCUAAGGCAUUAUGGGAAGUGCAGAAGAGUAAUAAUAGGCGUGUCAAAGAUCUGUUGAUAUAAAGUGACACGCUCUGCUCGCUGGUCAAACGCAGAUGUUUUCCCUGCGUUUGCAGGUCUGUGUGGUAAUAAAAGCAGAUUUUUAAAUUGUCUCUCGGUGCAAAAACGUGCAGCUCGUUCUGUAAGUAACAAUGCACGGCACGCUUGGCUAAUAAUACUUGUGUAAAUAAAGAGAGAGGAGGGGAACAGCCCGGGGGUUUACAUGAGUGUGUAUGCAGCAGGCUGGCUGUCUGCGCUGCUGCCUGUGUAUUUAUAACUCGGCAGUAGAAGCCAGAUAGGACAGGCACGGAGAUGAGAAUUGAUGACCUGCAUCAGCUGGGGAUGGGAGGAGAUUCCUAUCACUGCAAACUCAUCGCACACUGAUGCAGAUCUCGAAGGUGCUCGGCACAAUGGGACUCGUAACCCUCUGAGGGGCGAGCACAAAAGACGGAGAGGAGCAGGAAUAAAGCCGAGUGAAGAAGAGGAGGAGGAACAGAAGAAAGAGAAGAUUCUUCCUUGGCGCUGGAGAGGGAGGGAGAUUUGUAAAGAGGGAUUUGCUCUGUCUGUCGGGGGUGCAUGCUCCCCCUGAGCCCCCCACCCUCCCACUCGGACAUCCUCCUUUUUAUUUUAUUAUCUGCAUCAGUGACGGUUCGACAAAAGGUGAAGAAUGCGCGAUAAACAAAGUUUGGGCCGGCUCGGGCUGAGCAACGGCCUCGACGUGAGACUACCCAGGACUAGAGUCGUGCUGCUGGGCGUGCUGCUCGCCGUGGCCGUGGCUGCGGAGCUGGACAUCGACGUGCUUGGCGGCAUGGUGUUGAUAGAAGCGGGCGGAGAAAGCGAGAGGUUUGACGGAGGCAGAGGCGAGCUCGAGGCCUCCAUGCACUCCUCGCUCUUGCAGGACUUCCAGGAAGUGACAGAGGGCGUGGCGGCGGUGGACGUUGGCGAAACGGCAGCAAAUCAGCAAAACGCAGCUACGCCCACAGCCUUCCCCGACUCUUCAGCGGUGGUGGGUCGGAUUUUCCGGAUGAAGGUGCCAAACAAGAUGGAGGAUGUCUACCUGGGUGAUAUCGUCAAGAUUACAGAGAUGGGUAAGGACUCGCUCCCAGAAUGGCUGCACUGGGAUGCCAGCAGCAGAAUCUUGCAAGGUCUACCUUUGGAAGAGGAUAAAGGUGUUCACUACAUCACCGUGUCCAUCUCCAACCACACUAAAUCCUCGUCUUCUUCAGAGGUAUUUUCCAUCGCAGUGCACCCUGAAGAUUGCCUGGAUUCAGAUUCAGCUCAGCUGACGUCUAACCAGGCGUCCACUGAAAAUGACGUCCAACAGUUCAUGUGUGGGAACGAGGAACCGGUCACAGUGCUGACGGUGAUCCUGGAUGCUGAUUUGACAAAGAUGAGCUCAGAGCAGAGGGUAGAGCUCCUGGAUAACAUGAGGAGCUUCUCUGGUGUUGGGCUUCAGUACAUGAAGAUGCUUCCUGUGGUCAACAACAGGCUGUUUGACAUGUCUGCGUUUAUGGCUGGACCUGGGAAUGCCAAAAAGGUGGUGGAGAACGGCGCUCUGUUGUCCUGGAAGCUCGGCUGCUCGCUGGACCAGAGCACAGUCCCAGAUAUCAACAGCGUCCAGGGUCCUGCAAAGGAAGGCGCAAUGUCAGCCAAGCUGGGUUACCCCGUGGUGGGCUGGCACAUCGCUAACAAGAAACCUCAUGUCCCCAAACGAGUGAGACGACAACUAAACAACACUCCGACGCCUAUUCUGGUUGUGCCUCCUCCAACAACUGCAGUGGAGCCACCAGUGCGAAUUAUCCCAACCCUCUCCUCUCCCUCUAUUGCUGCACCGACUGAAAGCUCUGCCCCUCCCGUGAGAGGUCCCGUCCCGCUUCCGGGAAAGCCUACUUUUAGAGUACGUGACCCUAUUGCUCACACUCCGACUACGGGACCUUCCCAGCCAACGAAGGUCAUGGAGUCCACCAGCAGCAUUGCUAUCCAGCCGAGCAUGACCAGGCCUACCUACGUACAACCCACCGCCACACCAGCCACAGCCUCCACACCCACAUCCACCAGAAAACCUACCAGGAAACCAGGAAGGAAGCAGAAGACAACCACACCAGCAUUCAGAACGCCAAAGACCCCCACAACAAAGUCUCCUAUGACCACCACAUCACGCACUGUUCCAGAUCCAUUCAACGAAAAGCCCGAGUUAAGGAACCCCAUCGACCAGGUCAAUGCAUUGGUCGGCACUUAUUUCGAAGUCAAGAUCCCAUCUGAUACAUUCUUUGACAAAGAGGAUGGAACGACAGAUAAGCUGCGAUUAACCCUUCGACAAAACCAUAAUGAAAUAGUUCCAGAGGACUCCUGGAUCCAGUUCAACACCACCAGCCAACUCCUCUAUGGACUGCCUGAUGUCCAGCAUGUGGGAAAACAUGAAUACUUCAUGCAGGCAGCUGACAAAGGUGACCUCAAUGCAAUUGAUGCUUUUGAGGUACGCGUAAACCGCUGGCCAACCAAUGACAAAACCCCCGUUAUAUUUACGGCACGAUUUGAGGGUGAGCCACGGUCUGUAACGAACAACAUCCACAGGAAGAUCCUCCUGGUUAAAAAGCUGGCAUAUGUCCUCGGGGACCGCAACAGCAGCACGGUGAGUCUAAGGAACAUCACCAAAGGGUCCAUUGUGGUGGAGUGGACGAACACCAGCCUGCCUCAGCAUCCAUGUCCAAAGGAGCAGAUCUUAGUCAUGAGCAGGACGCUGGCCAAUUCUGACGGAAGACCCUCACAGAGCUUCAAGCACAUAAUGGACCCCGAAUUCAAACCACUGGACGUCAAGGUGAAGGGGAGGGCAAGCUGCCGAAUGUAUUCCUUCAUCCCACCAGGAGACAUCGAUAUCCCAGAACCUCCAGCUGUCACUCCAGCUGUGGGAUCAAGCAAGGAUAGCGCAGAUGACGUCUACCUCCACACGGUCAUUCCUGCUGUGGUGGUGGCAGCAAUAUUGCUAAUAGCAGGAAUUAUUGCAAUGAUCUGCUAUAGAAAGAAACGAAAGGGCAAGCUUACCAUCGAGGACCAGGCCACCUUCAUUAAGAAAGGUGUGCCGAUUAUCUUUGCAGACGAACUUGAUGAUUCCAAGCCACCUCCAUCCUCCAGUAUGCCCUUGAUUCUCCAGGAAGAGAAGCCCCCACUUCCACCCCCUGAAUACCCCAACAUGGCCACGCCAGAAACCACUCCCCUAAAUCAGGAGCUGCUGGGGGAGUACACGGCUCUGCAAGAUGACGACCCCAACGCGCCUCCCUACCAACCGCCUCCUCCCUUCACCACUCCUAUGGAGGGCAAGGGCUCCCGUCCGAAGAACAUAACUCCCUACAGAUCUCCACCUCCUUAUGUGCCGCCCUAAGACUUGAUUAACCCUCCCCUGAUAGGGCGGAGGGUGAGGAUGCCUGAGGAACUCUGACAGUUUCCUUUCUGGUGUUCGUCUGUCUGGACAUUUGCAGGGAGUGAUGACAAGAGGUGCUAUAGUACAAAAAGGCUUCAAGCGACUUUGGUUUGGGAUGGGUCGGGGCGCAAUGAUUUGGGUGGGCUUUACAGUGCACAGGGAGGGACUACUGUUUUCGUGGUAGCCCACCUACUACAGUGGCCUAAGACGAGCAAAUUCUCAUCACACUGGCUUCGGUUCGACCAGCUGGUCUGAAGCAACAACUGGGAGACGUGCGCUCCCAUCCCAGCAUUUUCUUUUCUCCCGAGUUUGGAUACUGGAUUAUUUUUCACCUUUUUAGCCCAAGAUUCUUUUUUCUUUUUCCUCUGGACUGAAGUGUUUGCCUAACUCUUCUUCUGCCUGGCUUUUAAAUAAUGCGAGAAGACUGCGUCCUGUCAUCAGACCGCUGCAGGCGACAGCUCGCAUUUUUAAUAAAGGGAGACAGAUCCUUCGAAUAUGAGAAAAGCUAUCGCGAGGAUCUCAAUUCAGCCCUGCAGACGACACAAGACAAUAGGAGGCCGAAGUGUGUGCGUGAGUGUGUGUUUGAAUGAGCGGGCGUGUUUAUUCAGAUUCAAUACGGUUUGCCUUUUAACACUAGUUGUCUGUUUUUAUCCUUAUUCACAAUGUGUAGUAAAGAUGAGAAUAACAAGGUAGCCUAAAAAGAUUUAGAGAAGAAGAAUAAUUUUUGUUUCAUUGGUUUUGGGUUUCACUGUAUAUCUGGAAGACGUUAUGAUAGAUUGUUAUAUUUUUUUGGAGGUCGAAGAAAUGUGGAAGAAAGGGACUGCCUCACUAAAAUAACCUGCAGGAGCUUUGUAUUCCUGUUUGUUUAUAUCUAUGAAACACUAAUAUCACAAUUCAAACAUGAACCUUCCUCCCUUCAGUACAGCCGACAGACUCAAUCAGAUGGAAGCAACAAAGAAAUUUAGUUGACAGGUUGACGAGAUUUGGAGAUCAAUUAUUAAAUGUAGCAACACAACUCUUGCCCUUUUGUACACACCUCCACGUUGUAUACUAACAGGAAGAACAACCCUGCAAUUUAUUUUGGACCAGGGAGAAUUAUUUUUUUAUGUAACGAGGCAGUUCUUCUCUCCACUCGGAUGGGGAACGCCACGCGGGACUGUACAGAUAAUCCCAUUCUAGAUUUCACGGAGGAGACGACGGAGGCCGAGACGCGGAUGCGAUUAGUCACCGAAACAAUAAGAUCACGUUUUAAUUUUCUUUUUACAAGAGUUUUUGAUACAGCCUCAAAUCGAUUAAUGAUUAAAACGAGAAAAUGAUUCAAGAUUAGUCUUCUGUGAUUUGUAAAAUCUUAGCUUAGAAGUUCAAUUAUUGGUUCAGUUAUGUACUUUGAUUUUUUUGUCAUGGGUCACAUGUUUUAACGUUUUAUUUUACUCUGUGUGUGUUUGCAUUUAAAGUGUAUUUCCCACUAUUCAAGAAUUGAAUGAUCCAUAUUUUAUGUAUUCACAACUUUUAUUUCUUUAUGUCCUUCUGUUUGAUGAUGAGUUCAACUGAAAGUGACCCUUUGCAAUAAUAAUGUACGCUGCGGUCGACCCAGCAACGGGUCGACGCAGGCUCGAGUGACUCGUACGGUCGUGAUGUUGUCGGGUGUGCAGAUGCCAAGGCUUUUAUUUUUUGCUUUUGGAGUGUGCAUUGUAAUAAUAAAACCAAGUGGUACCUUAAACAAAAGCAAAAUCACCCCUUUCUUCAUUCUGAUUUAACUUAUUUCUGCCGGGAAAAUAUUUUCUCCCACUCUGACUGAUGUUUAUGGAUGAGAUUUUUGGUCACCGUCACUUUUCUACUGCUCCACUUAGCCUUGAAUUGAUAAAUCAAUCCGUCUGAAGUCCACAAGAGGUUUUACCUCCCUAGACAGCUCGCUGCCUGGCAACCAUCUACGGUCUUUGGACUCACUGGAACGGUUGUACCACUGUCCUUUUUGUACUAAAUUAUUCUGCCAUUGAAUGACUAGUUGGACAAUUCCGUUUGAAAGCUCUUCCCAUUAAAAAGGCUACGCUGUGAAAA